AGUAUCCUAUAGAGAACAAAGGCAGCCUUUAGGGAUACAUAUAAAAGUCACAAAAAUAUUCUGUUAAAAUAUUCUUCAAGUUUUCCAGAAUCAGCAUACUUUCAGAAUAUUUGUGUGCCAUUGAAAGAUCUAUUUCAUCAUGAAGUUCCUAGUAUUCGCAGUUUUCAUAUUAGUCUUGUUAGCAUCAGCUUACGGCGGAAUAAUCCCAAAACUUAUCGGACACGGCUAUCAUUACGGUGGUCACCAAGGAAGUUAUGGAUAUUACGGACAUGGAAGUUAUGGCCACAGCUACGGGCAUGGUCACGGCCACGGCCAUGGACAUGGACAUGGUCAUGGUCAUGGUAUUCAUGGUCAUAUUGGCAUUGGUUAUGGACAUCAUGGAUACGGAUAUCAUGGUUAAAGUGAACCAUUAUUUUGUGACAUAAUCAGAUAUUUCUACAAAAGACUUUCAUCGAGCAUCUCAGAGACAAUUUUUGUGUCAUAUAAUAAUUUUAAAUUACAGAAACUUCAUGUUCUUAAAAUUUUCUUUGAAGUACAUUUUCUUAUAAUCAGUUCUUUAUUUUCAACCUAUGUAUCCGAUACUUGAUUCUAAUAAUGCAAAGAUGUUUGUCCUCAUAAUAAAAAACAUAAUUAUUCAUAAUCUAGUAAAUUUGUGUUCUACUAAAUUAAAGAUGUUUUCUUUCCACGUUUAAAAAAUUUUGUAAUAUAUCUCAUUAUAUGCAUAUUUGUAUGAUCGUAUAUUCUUUUAAUAUUGAUGAGAAUAAAAUCGUAUUAGUCAUGAA